CUCUCUCCGCACGCCGGAGGGCAUGUCCAACCCAGAAAAGCCGCGCCGCCGCCCCUCGCCGGACCCCGUGGCGGUUCUCCGGGGCCACCGCGCCGCCGUCAACGACACCUGCUUCCACCCUACUCUGCCGCUCCUCUUCUCCGGCGCGGCUGACGGAGAACUCAGAGUCUGGGACACGGCGAGGCACCGCACGGUCUCCUCCAUCUGGGCUCAUGGCGGAGCGGCUGGGGUGUAUUCGAUCGCUUCUGGCGCCGGACUUGGGAACAUGAUUGUUAGCCAGGGCAGGGAUGGUUUGUGCAAAGGAUGGGUUAUUGAAGAAGCUGGGCUCUCACGGAGGCCCAUAUUUACAAUCAGUACAAGUACAUACCAUUUCUGCAAGUUGUCACUGGUUAAGGUUCCCUGUUCUGCACAUGGCAUACAAUCUGGCUUGAGUUGCUCUAAUAGUGACACUGAGCCACACAGAGUACUUAGUGGAGAAAAUGCAGGAUCACGUGAUGCAAAUCCUGCAGGGGCAACCCAAGAAUACGAACAAGGCAGUUCCUCGGAUGGACAAAAUAUAUUGGCAAUCGCUGGUCAAGAAUCUUCCGAGAUUGAACUUUGGGACAUUAAAAGUUCAAGGAAGAUAAUGUGCUUGCCGCAAAGAUGCAGUGCUAAUGUGACAGUUCACCCUACCAAGCAAAGAGGUCUGUGCAUGGCCGUGCAAGCUUUCAUCCCAUGCGAAUCUGGAGGCUAUAUAAAUAUUUUAUCGAGUUAUGAAGAUGGAAGCACUCUUUGGUGGGAUGUACGAAAUCCUGGGUCACCUUUAUCUUCAGUGAAAUAUCAUUCGGAAUCAGCUUUAUCCAUUGCUAUCGAUGGGUUAUGCACCGGUGGGAUCUCAGGAGGCGCUGAUAGUAAAAUAGCCAUGUUCACCCUUGAUCAUCAGAAGGGCACAUUUUCUCUCAGGAAUGAGAUAGAAAUUGAGCGAUCUGGUAUAACCGGCAUUGCGAUUCGUCCAGAUAACAAGAUUACAGCAACCGCUGGUUGGGAUCACAGGAUUCGAGUGUAUAACUACAGUAAAGGAAAUGCUCUGGCAGUUCUGAAGUAUCACAGCGCUACGUGUAAUGCGGUGGCUUUCUCACAUGACUGCAAAUUGAUGGCCUCCUGCUCGGCGGAUACCACGGUUGCAUUAUGGGAGCUGUAUCCUCCCAAAACACCCAGCAAAGUUGACAUUGCAACAGAGGAGGUUGAGAAAUAGCAAUCUGAUAGUGAUAUCAUAUGAUCAUGAUAUUUAAAACUUGGUGAAGAUCAUACAUUUAGAGGACCUCUAGAAAUAGCGUGCCUGUGAAAAUUUGGAAAAAUGGUACAAUAUGAUGUUCUGUAACUUAGAAACUUGUUAACUUACUGUAACUUGACUUAGCUUGUAACUCAAUGUCGUUUGUUGUACAAUAACUUAAUUGCCCCGCCUUGCAACCGAUCAUUCGUUUUUU